GCGGACAUGCUCGCCGGAGCCCUGGUGUGACUGAGGUCCCUCCUCCAGACCUCUCCCCUCGCGUGCUCUGAGUAGAGGCUGAAGAUGGCGGCGCCCAGCCGGCGGCUGGAGACGUGUCUGAAGGUGCUAGGUGCUGCCGCGGCCCAGCCGGAGCGCUUCCUCAGUGUGCAAGAUGGACUGGCUGCAGACUUCAGUUCAUUGACAAAGACUCUUUAUGAUUUGCAUAAAGCACUAGGGACAAAACUAGUGCGUGGGAGUCCUUUAAAAAAACUGGUAAUAGAAAACUUUGAUGAAGAACAGAUCUGGCAACAAAUAGAACUACAGAAUAAUGCAGUUCUAGACUACUUCAAGAAAGCUGUUGCUAGAGAUGUUAAAGACAAAGAUCUCUACCUUUUCCCAGCCCAAGAAGAGGAUGACUUUGAGGCAGACAGUAGCAGUGAUAAGCAAAUGGAACAAGAAGAUAGCAUGGAAGCAGAACCUGCCUGUAUUGAAGAUGAAAGUGAGGCUAAGGAAAAGCAAAGUAAAUCCAAAGCAAGGAAAAGGCAGCUAUGUAGUGAUGAGGAUUCAGAUGUUGACUUUGAUGUUGAUGAGCUAGAGCAACAGAUUCAAAAGUUGAAGAAGAUUACCUGGAAAAAAUCAAGAGAAAAGUCCAUAGUGGAUGAUAAAUUUUUCAGCUUGGCUGAGAUGGAAGCCUUUUUGGAAGAUGUAGAGAAAGAAGAAAGCAAGAAGAAGGAUGAUGAUGAGGAGGAGGAGGAGGAGGAGGAGAUUGAUUAUUUUGAAGAUGUUCUUUCUGAUGAGGAUGAAGAAGAAUCUGAAAAAGAUAAAAUCAAGCCAGGUAAAAGUUCUAGAAAUUUGAAAUAUAAAGAUUUCUUUGACCCUAUUGAUGACAAUGAUGACCUAGCUAAUGAUAGUGAAAAUGAUCAGAAUGAUGAAGGUGACACUGACGAGGAGGAUGAAGAAGGCAUUUUUGAUGAGUUUGAGGAAAAUAAUGAAAUGGACAUAAUGGAGAAGAAUGAGAAAGCUAAAGAAGUCUCUAAAAAAGUUACUUUUAACUUACCAGAGGACAGUGAAAAAGAAGACGAUACAGAUAUACCAGAUGAGAAGAGAACUGAUCCCAUUGGAAUAAAAUCUUCUUUUGAGAAAAGGCAGGAAAAGAUGCAUGAAAAAAUUAAAUCUCUAGAAAAGGAGUUGUUGGAGGAAAAACCUUGGCAGCUUACAGGGGAAGUGACUGGACAAAAACGACCUGAAAACAGUCUUUUGGAGGAAUCUUUACUCUUUGACCAUGCAGUCAGAAUGGCUCCUGUGAUCACAGAGGAAACCACCUUUCAGCUUGAAGAUAUUAUCAAACAGAGGAUAAAAGAUCAGGCUUGGGAUGAUGUAAUACGUAAAGAAAAACCAAAAGAGGAUGCCUUUGAAUACAAGAAGCGUCUAACUCUGGAUCAUGAAAAGAGCAAAUUGAGUCUUGCUGAAAUCUAUGAGCAGGAGUAUUUGACACUCAACCAACAAAAAACUGAAGAGGAAGAAAAUCCUGAACACGUAGAAAUUCAGAAAAUGAUGGACUCACUCUUCCUAAAAUUGGAUGCUCUUUCCAACUUCCACUUCACACCUAAACCACCCGUGCCAGAGGUUAAAAUCGUUUCAAAUCUUCCAGCUAUAAUUAUGGAAGAAGUAGCACCAGUUAGCGUUAGUGAUGCAGCUCUCCUGGCUCCAGAGGAGGUUAAGGAAAAGAGUAAAGCUGGAGAUGUGAAAACAGAUGCAGAAAAGACUACCACAGACAAAAAACGAGAACGAAGAAAGAAGAAGCUUCACAGACGUAUGAAGCUAAGGGAGAAGAAGCAGCGUCAAAAACUCCUGGAAAAAACAAAGCCAGAACAAGGCGCGCAACUCAGCAAACAAGCUGUUGCGGCAAAAUUAAAAAAGCUCACCAAAGACGGCAAAACAACUUUGCUCAAGGAUGACGGUAAAGACAAGGCUUUGAAAUCAUCUCGAGCAUUCUUUUCUCAAUUACAAGAUCAAGUAAAAAUGCAAAUCAAAGGUGCAAAGAAAAUACAGAAGACACAGCAAGAAAUUUCUGCUCAAAAACUUAAAUUAUAAUACAUUUUAUACAUGCUAUACCUUGUAUAUAUUAAAGUAAAUGUUUCUAAUUUUGUUAACAUUGCACUUUGAAUAGUAGCUUUUAUUUUAUAUAGUGCUUGAAAAUCUUCUGUAAGUUGAAGUUCAGUUGAGUGUCUUUCCUGCUGCAAGUGAUGAAAAUGUGCUAGACUGUUCAUGCUCUUUCUUUCAGCCUUCUACUUACUUUUUUUCUGCUAGGAAUUCAGUCUUUCUUCCUCUAAAAUGGGUGGGCAAACUUUUGGCCCGAGGGCCACAUCUGGGUGGGGAAAUUGCAUGCAGGGCAGGGGUUGGAGUGUGGGAGGGGGUGCAGGGCAUAUGAGGGAGCUCAGAGCAUGGGUGCAGGGAGGGGUGUGGAGUGCAGGAGGCGGCUCAGGGCAGGGGGUUGAGGUGCAGGAGGGAUGUGGGGUGCAGCAGGAGGAUCGGGCAGGGAGUUGGGGUGCAGGAGGAGUUUGGGCCCCGGCCCGGCGCCGCUUACCUGGAGCGGCUCUGGGGUGGCAGUGGUUCGCACCGGUGCCAGGGCAGGCUCGCUGCCUGCUCUGGCCCUGCGCCGCUCCCCGAAGCAGCUGGCACCACGUUCCUGCAGCCCUUGGGGGAGGGCAGAGGGCUCUGCGUGCUGUCCUUGCGUGCGGGUACCUCCCUCAAAGCUCCCAUUGGCCGUGGUUCCCCGUUCCUGGCCAAUGGGAGUUGCGGGGGCAGCACCUGGAGGAAAGGGCAGCGCAUGGAGCCCUCUGCUUCCCCCCCCGACUCCCAACCAGGGGCUGCGGGGACAUGGUGCUGGCUGCUUCUGGGAGCAGCGCGGGGCCCAUGAUGCCACGGAGGCGGCAAUCCCGCAGGCCGAAUCCAAAGCCCUGAGAUGCCAGAUCAGGCCCACGGGCUGUAGUUGCCCCCCCACACUCUAAAACAAAAGUCUCAAACAGUAGACAGAUAAAUAAUGACAACAUAUCUGUGAAAAUUCAGUAUUUUUACAUACAGUGGAACCUCAGAGUUAUGAACACCUUGGGAAUGGAGGUUGUUCAUAACUAUGAACAAAAGUUUACAACUGAACAUUGACUUAAUACAGCUUUGAAACUUUACUAUGCAGAAGAAAAUCGCUGCUUUUAAUCACCUAAAUUUAAAUAAAACAAGCUCAGAAACAGUUUCCUUACCUCGUCAAAAAAAAUUUAAAACUUUCCUUUCUUUAGUACUUUACAUUAACACAGUACUAUACUGUUUACUGUUUUUGUUUGUUUGUUUGUUUUUCGUCUCUGCUGCUACCUGUUUACAUACUUGUGGUUCCAAAUGAGGUCUGUGGUUGAUUGGCCAGUUUGUAACUCUGGUGUUCGUUACUCUGAGAUUCUACUGUAUUUAUCUCAAAAUCAUUCCCCUCUUACCUCUCCCCAUGUAUACAGAAAAGAGUGGGGAAAGGGAGAUUUAAUAAUUGCCUAAAUCCAAUGUUUUAGUACACCUCUACCCUGAUAUAACGUGACCUGAUAUAACACUAAUUUGGAUAUAAUGCGGUAAAGCAGUGCUCCAGGGGGGCGGGGCUGCACACUCCGGCGGAUCAAAGCAAGUUCGAUAUAAUGCGGUUUCACCUAUAAUGCGGUAAGAUUUUUUUUUUUUUUGGCUCCCGAGGACAGCGUUAUAUUGGGGUAGAGGUGUAUAUCUGAGAACCUUAGUCGUGGAUGGAUUUUACUAUUGGCAGCACUUGUCUGUUGUAGCACUGUCUAAAGAUACUAUUCAUCCUUGAUUGCCUGAAGAGUAUCUUACAGAACCACUUCAGUCAUAAUACAGUGCUGCCAUUGGAUAGGGUAUAGCACCAUUGCAAAUGCUACCACCUUAUAUUUGGGGUUCUUUUUGUUUUUAGAAACAACUUUCAAGUGCCCCUAUACUAGAUGUCUUAGGUUAUUUCUGCUCCAUAACAUUUAAACUUAGCUGUAGUCAUAAUUCUUAUAACCUUAGCUUCUGAGAUGUUAGUUUCAAUUUUUGUCUUGUUACAGUAUUUAAUUUGCUGGUAUUCGGAAGAAAGAUGAUCAAAGCUCAGUUCUAGAUCAGUGUAUGUGUGACUCAAAAUCAUAUCACUUGAUCUUAAAGCAUGAAUUCAUGAGACACUCUCAAAGCAAAGGCCCAAAAGUACCUUUUGCUGCCUUCUACUUAUUAAAUAAAAUCAUAGCUGUAGGGCUGGAAGGGACCUUGAGAGGUCAUCUAGUUCAGCCCCGUCCUGAGGGAGGCCCAAGUAAACCUAGACCAGAGGCAAAAAUUGAAAGCCUCUGCCCCAACAUUCCAACUCAUCAGAACACUUUCAUUUUGGUUUGUUUAGAUUCUGUUACUGUGUAAUCUUGCUCUGAGUACCAACAAGAUUAAGCAGUUGAACUGUCAGAAAUCCUAACAAUGGGCAGAGGUUGUUAAGGAGUACAAUCUUAGAACCAUCUUUUCCCCCCAAACAGUGGGAGUCUACAUUAAGCUACCCUUAGAUUUCUGCUGAUCGGCAGAAUAGGACAAUAUUGUUCAGUUCUAAAAGGGAUACUCUGGCUACCUACUAAACUCUAAAGAACAAAAAUGAAAAAUUCACAUUCAUGGAGUAAAGAUGAUUUAGGUUAGAUGUAUUACAAAAAGCUUUCUGCAUUGCAAAUAUCCCUCACUUUACUGCCUAUUUCCUAAAUUUGAAUUUUUGUCUUGUAUGGCAAUGAGCAUACACUUCCAUAUCAUCUGACAGCUAGUAGCAAAUGGAUUAACUACAUCCUUUUGGGGAAAUACCUUGAAAUCAUGAAGCAGCCCCAACCCUGCAUGAGAUUCAGUGCCUGCCUGUCCCAUUUUAGUGGCUUCUUUUUAAUGUUUGUUAAAUUGAGUGGCCUUUUCAACACUAGAACAUUCACUGGUUUAAACUGAUUUAGGGCUUGGCUAAACUUGCGAGUUAGAGCACGUUAACGCAGCCCCGGGCACACUAGCUCACUACCCAUCCACACAGGCAAGGCACGUAGAGCGCUCUGACUCCAGGGCUAGAGCGCUCCUAGUACUCCACCUCUGUGAGAAGAUUAACGCUUGGUGCGCAUUGGCUGAAAUGCCUGGGCCUCAGUGUGAACGAGGUGUUGUAUUACUGCGCUCUGAUCAACCUCUGGAAACAUCCCAUAAUCCCCUUAAGUCAAGUGGCCACUCUUGUCAUUGUUUUGUAAUUGCUGCAGGAAUGAGGAUAUGCCCUCUGGAAGCUCCGUUUCUGACAGCCGGCUUCUUAUCUGCUCCGAGACAAAGCAACCACUACUGUGGAAUGCUGUGUCUGAGAGAGAGAGGGUCGGGUCUGUGGCUUUCUGAACUUACAAGACAGCAUGCUGACAUGCUCUCAGCCCCCCCAAAAACCCACUCUCUCCCCCCACAUACACACAACACACUCCCUGUCAUACUCCACCCACCCCCCCCAAUUUGAAAAGCACAUUGCAGCCACUUCUAUGCUGGGAUAGCUACAAUGCACUGCUCUCUGUGGCCGUUGCAAGAGCUGCUAAUGUGGCCACGCCAGUGCGCUUGCAGAUGUCAGUGUGGACAGAUUGCAGCGCUUUUCUUACUGCACUCUACAUCUGCAAGUGUAGCCAUGCCCUAAGAAAUCAAUCUGGUUAAACUGGUGUAAACCCCUAAUGUAAAUGCACUGAAAUUGGUUUACCCCUGGCUUAAUUGAUUUAGCUUGUAAAAUUGAUAAGCCGGGGUUAAACCAGUUUGAGUUCAUCAAUGUUGAUUUUUAAACUGACUUAAACUGGUGCCAUUUUCUAUUUAGUAUAUACAAGCCCUAAAGCAGGUUAAAUGCUAGGGAAGGACAAUCCUGAACUUUCAUCUCCUGUUGCAGAAUGUUCUAAUUAUGCUUUGACUUCCUAAAGAAAUGCUGACUUAUACUGAAUACAUUUCAUCAGAUUGAGACACGUUAACAAAUUGAUUUUACCAAUCACAAUAUACCAUUUUUAAGUACCUGAAAUAAAAAGAUUAAUUGGUUGUUGGGGAGUAAAUAUUUUUUUCAGUGACUUCAGAUAAAUCAUGUGUAUCUGCAAAGGGACGUUUGGAAAAUUUGUCACAGUUCAAGUCAUAGAAGCUAGUAUUGCAUUAGUUUAAACUCAGGCAAAAUCAAGAUAGCACAAUGAUUGUUAGUAGUAUAGAUAAAGGACUUAAGUCUGCAUCUUAAAAAAAAAAAUUAAAAGGCCACACUAUAUAACAGAGAAAAGAACAAGGAGUACUUGUGGCACCUUAGAGACUAACAAAUUUAUUUGGGCAUAAGCUUUUGUGGGCUAAAACCCACUUCAUCGGAUGCAUGCAGUGGAAAAUACAGUAGGAAGAUAUAUAUACACAGAGAACAUGAAAAAAUGGGUAUUGCUAUACCAACUCUAACAAGACUAAUCAAUUCAGGUGGGCUAUUAUCAGCAGGAGAAAAAAAAAACUUUUGUAGUGAUAAUCAGGAUGGCCCAUUUCAAACAGUUGACAAGAAGGGGUGAGUAACAGUAGGGACAAAAUGAGCAUGGGGAAAUAGUUUUUACUUUGUGUAAUGACCCAUCCACUCCCAGUUUUUAUUCAAGCCCACGAAAGCUUAUGCCCAUAUAAAUUUGUUAUUCUCUAAGGUGCCACAAGUACUCCUUGUUCUUUUUGCUGAUACAGCUACCACUCUGAAAUAUGUAACAGAGAGUGAUCGGUAGUUCUGGGUAAAAGCCAUUACAGCUAUGUAUCAUUUGUGCUUAUAUGCUUUACCCUGGAACAUCCCACUAUUUCAGUAUUGGCACCUGAUCAGUUCCAGUAUUCAUUGCAUAUUAGAUAUUAGACCUGUAAAUGGAACAUGUUCUAAAAAUGAUAGUUCAUAAUGCAGUAAAUUCAGUAGGAAAUGCUUGCUGAGACAAUGUGAAGUCUCCUGAGAGGAUAAAAAUUAAAAUUGUAGCUUGCAUUCACAUUCCCUUUCAGAACUUUCUUCAUUUGUUUAAGAGUUUUUAAUUUCUGGUUUAUAUACCCAGGGUACAAUUGUAUCUUUCAGCAGCUUCAGGAAUAGUUCUGUAUCUCUUAAUGUAAACUUAUGUGGCUUCUUACAUUAAGACAUUUCUGCAGAUUCUUCAUUCCAUAGCCAUAAACUUUCCACUGCUUUGAAAUUUGAAAGGUCUUCUGGUCAAUAUGUUUUUCCUUAUCAGUUUUGUUGACUUGCUUUACUUUAAAUUGGUCAGUAUUUCAAGGGCUACGUUCCUCUUAAACAUCUCUUUAGAAAGAUGGUGCCUGUGCUCUAUGCCAGUUAGCUCACAUGUGGUCUGAUAGGUAAUUUUUUUUUAAUAUUUCUUGUUAUAACAUGGCCUUUUAUGAAGUCAUAGUGCACUUGAAAUCCCUUUCAAAUUAAUGAAGGAACAGCUCUUCCUUUCCCUUAUAAUGUAUGUGAUUUAGGUAUUGUGAAACAGCUAAAGUGCAGGAACUUUCAAGCUUUUAGUUAUUAAGGAUAAAUAUUUUUCUGGCUUCAAAGACUUUCUCAACAGAGAGACUUUAAAACUGGGAGUUUUGGAAAUCUCUGAGCUUCUCUUUUUGGUUGAAUGAUAAAGCAUCCAACUUUGUAUUUAUCUUACACUUGCCAGAUUCAGCCUCCCCCUGGAGAUUCAAGACCAGCUGUUCAUCUUUUAGGAUUUGGAGCCUUUUUUCAGUCUCUUUGGAGAUACUGUUGUAAGCAUUUUUAAUCCUUUCAACUCACAAAAGAAUUUUCUAAGGGAUGCAGCUUUAGGUUUUAUUUUUUCCCCUUUUCUAUUACUUUUCUUCCUUUUACCCAUAUUCCAUCCCAUACCUAAUAUCUAUUAGAAUAGUUUGUGAUCUCAGGUUGGCCUUUGUAUUACCACUCUGGUUUAAUGUUGAAUAUCUUUACUGAACUUCUCAAUGCUGGUCAUAUACUAUAUUUAUUUGUUACAAGAGGUAAAUUAGAUUUUCUGAAAUCCAAAAUAUGUAAUGAUUAGAGAAUUAUACCUGCAUAUGAUAAAGCAUUUUGUAGCUUUUUAAAAUGUAUUCUCUUUAAUCCAUAAUCUAUCAAGGUGUUUUACAAACUGAUUUAGGUCUUGAUCCUGCAAUGAGUGCAUGGGUGGAGGACUCAAUAUAGGACCAGACAAAUCAGGACCCCGACUGCAAUUGGAUAUGAAUAGGCAGACCCUCACUGACUUUGAA